AUGUCCCACCUCCUCUCCCCCACCGUCCUAGGCGACACCAUCCCCCUCCGAAACCGCAUCUGCAUGGGCGCCAUGACCCGCAACCGCUGCGUCGACAACGCAAAGCCCACACCCGCAACCGUGAAGCACUACGCCGAGCGCGCGGCAGACGGCGUCGGCCUGAUCGUCGUCGAGGGCACAUUCAUCGCGCCGCAUGGCGCCGAGUGGCCCAACGCGCCGAUGAUGUUCAACGAGGAGCACGCGGAAGCUUGGAAGAAAGUCACGGAUGCGGUUCAUCGCGUGGGCGGGAAGGUGUUUUUUCAGCCGUGGCAUGCUGGGCGGAUCCAGAAUGAGAAUAUGCCGAUGCUGAAGCAGCACCAGCUCCCCGUUCUGGCGCCAAGCAGGGUCAAGGCGCCCGGAGGGAAGUAUCGGUCGCUGGAGGGUGUUCCGGGCCACACAGAGAACAUCACGGAGAUCCAGGAUCCGCAGGCUCUAGUCGAGCAGUACCGACGCUCCGUCGCGCUCGCGAAGAAGGCCGGAUUCGACGGGGUCGAGCUGCUUUCGCAAGGCGGCUACCUCCUGCACAACUUCCUCUGCAGCCACACGAACCUGCGCAGCGAUUGCUACGGCGGCAGCGUGCCCAACCGCUGCCGCUUCCCGCUGCAAGUGCUCGACGCGAUUAUCUCCGUCUGGGGCGCGCGCCGCGUCGGCAUCAAGAUCUGCCCGGCGGACGACUACAACGACACCGCCGUAUCCUACGCCGAGCUCACCGAGACAUACACCUACUAUAUCGCGGAACUCAUGAAGCGCGAGCUGGGCUACGUCACCCUCUGCCGCCGCGGCUGUGUCGUCCGUCGAACCCAAACCGGAGACGAUUUCUUCAUGGCCACGCCGCGGCCGCAGGGGAAGGAGUUGCCGGAUGGGUAUGACCCGCUCACCCAGUUUGGGGGCAUGAUCAACUAUCCCGGGAGCAGGACGAUGCUGAUGGUGAAUCAUGAGUAUACGCCGCAGGAGGCGGAGGGGUUGAUUCAAGAGGGGAGAAUCGACCUUGCGUGCUUUGCGAGGCCGUUUAUCUACAACCCGGACUUUGUCAGUCGGCUUAAGAGCGGGGAGGCCUUUGCUGUUAAUGAUCGCGGGGGAAAGGUGAAUUAUGGGCCUUUUGAGACGCCGGAUCAGGAUUAUAAUGAUUGGCCGCGGGCUACUCCUACUGCUACUGCUACUGCUUGA